CCGAAUUCCCAGGCUCCUCCCUGGAGCUGACUCCGAGAACCCCCUCACUGACACCACCGCGCAGCCCGCGCUGUCAUGGCAACCGUACGCCGCACCACCGCCUCUUCACGCACGUCGUGAACUAACGGACUCCACAGCGGCGGAGCGGUGGCCGGAGCUCCACCCCCACCCCACCAGACCUUGACCGCAUAACCAACAGUCGGCCAGCCUGCGGCACCGGGGUCUCUGAAAGAAGAUGAACUUGGCUGAGAUUUGUGACAAUGCAAAGAAAGGAAGAGAAUAUGCACUUCUUGGAAAUUAUGACUCAUCAAUGGUAUAUUACCAAGGGGUGAUCCAGCAGAUUCAGAGACAUUGCCAGUCAGUUAGAGACCCAGCUAUCAGAGGCAAAUGGCAACAGGUUCGGCAGGAAUUAUUGGAAGAAUAUGAACAAGUUAAAAGUAUUGUCAACACUUUGGAAAGUUUUAAAAUUGACAAGCCCCCAGAUUUCCCUGUGUCCUGUCAAGACGAACCAUUUAGAGACCCUGCUGUUUGGCCGCCCCCUGUACCUGCAGAACACAGAGCUCCACCUCAGAUAAGGCGUCCCAAUCGUGAAGUAAAACCUCUGAGGAAAGAAAUGCCAGGAGCAGGAGCCCGGGGACCUGUAGGUCGAGCACAUCCUAUAUCGAAGAGUGAGAAGCCCUCUACAAGUAGGGAUAAGGAUUGUAGAGCAAGAGGGAGAGAUGACAAGGGAAGAAAAAAUAUGCAAGAUGGUGUGAGUGAUGGUGAAAUUCCAAAAUUCGAUGCUGCUGGAUAUGAUAAGGAUCUGGUGGAAGCCCUUGAGAGAGAUAUUGUGUCUAGGAAUCUUAGCAUUCAUUGGGAUGACAUAGCAGAUCUGGAAGAAGCUAAGAAGUUGCUAAGGGAAGCUGUGGUUCUUCCCAUGUGGAUGCCUGACUUCUUCAAAGGGAUUAGAAGGCCCUGGAAGGGUGUGCUGAUGGUUGGACCCCCAGGCACUGGUAAGACCAUGCUAGCUAAAGCUGUUGCCACUGAAUGUGGCACAACAUUCUUCAAUGUUUCCUCCUCUACACUGACAUCCAAAUAUAGAGGUGAAUCUGAGAAAUUAGUCCGUCUGUUGUUUGAAAUGGCUAGAUUUUACGCCCCCACUACGAUCUUCAUUGAUGAGAUAGAUUCUAUCUGCAGUCGAAGAGGGACCUCUGAUGAGCACGAAGCAAGUCGCAGAGUCAAGUCUGAGCUACUCAUUCAGAUGGAUGGUGUUGGAGGAGCUUUAGAGAAUGAUGAUCCUUCCAAAAUGGUUAUGGUAUUAGCUGCUACUAAUUUCCCAUGGGAUAUUGAUGAAGCUUUGCGAAGAAGAUUAGAGAAGAGGAUUUAUAUACCUCUCCCAACAGCAAAAGGAAGAACUGAGCUUCUAAAGAUCAAUCUUCGUGAGGUUGAAUUGGAUCCUGAUAUUCAACUGGAAGAUAUAGCGGAGAAGAUAGAGGGCUAUUCUGGUGCUGAUAUAACUAAUGUUUGCAGGGAUGCAUCCUUAAUGGCAAUGAGACGGCGCAUCAAUGGCUUAAGCCCGGAAGAGAUCCGUGCACUUUCUAAGGAGGAGCUUCAGAUGCCUGUUACCAAAGGAGACUUUGAAUUGGCUCUUAAAAAAAUUGCCAAGUCUGUCUCUGCUGCAGACUUGGAGAAGUAUGAAAAAUGGAUGGUUGAAUUUGGAUCUGCUUGAAUUUCUAUCGGCUCUUCCAUUUCUGGUAUAUUUGUUUAUAAAAUGUGAAGAAAUUUCUUCAUAUUGGUUUGGAAUUUUUCAUUGGAGAGAUUUUCACUUAAAGGCAAAUAACCUAAAACCACAGAGUAUAAAUGUUGUUGAAAAAUGAGAAAAGCUUACAUAAAGAGCCUGAUGUAUUAAUAUUGCACCCCUAAAGUAGGGUGUCAGGGCGGCAGAGGAAAGGGAUCGGUGUGCUAUUGUGGAAACUUGUUUACAAAAGAUUUAGAAGGACCUCUGUACCUCACUUGCAUUUGUUGUCAUCUUAAAAAAUAUGGUUUCAUCAAUUUUUAGAGAGAGAGAAAGGGAGAGGGAUAGAGAGACAGAGAUAUUGAUGAGAGAGAAACAUUAUUGAUCACCUACCACCUGCACACCCCCUACUGGGGAUCGAGCCUGCAACCUGGGCAUGUGCCCUGACCGGGAAUAGAACUGUGACCUAUUGGUUUGUAGGUUGAUGCUCAACCAUUGAGUCACACCAGCUGGGCAGUUGUCUUUUGUUUUUUUGUGUGUUUUUUUCUAUUCUUUUCUUUAAACAUGAGGGACCUACAUAUGUUCACUUUCAACAUUAAAACUGAGUUUGUGUCAGAUUCAUUAUUGUUAAGAAUGAUAGUUUUGGAUUAGAUAUUGAAUUUGCUAGUUAAACCUCUAGAAUUCAGCUACUUACUGUUGGAGUCUAUCCUAUGGUUUGAACUUUUAUCCUUCCUUUCCCCACCAUUUUUUUCUAUUAGCUACUUAGUCAUUUGUUGAGCUCUGGGCAAGAAUAUCCUAAUGCUUUGUGGUUUUUGAGUCAUUUUGCCAGGUUGUUUCUCUGGUCUUUAGUACUGUUUGCUGGUACAAAAAGUACUCAUAUUUCAUAUUGAAAGAAUGGGAAGAAUAUGAUGAUACGAUGUACUUCUUCAUUCUAGACCUCUCAGUCUUCACUUUUCUUUCAAUGUGGUCAAACAGGUAAUCCCCUUAUUUUUUUCAGCUCCAACACUGUUUGAUUUUUGUUGAAUUUGACUUCUGUAUUCUGAACAAGUCCACUCUCUUGAGUUAAUGCAAAACAAACAAAACAAAAUCUAUAAUUUUCCAGACAGCUUAAUAAAAUAACCUCAUGUAUAAUGAAUGAUGUUCAUUUGAAAAAUUUGAAAUUGUUCUUUGUCAAGGUUAAGAACUUAUACACAUGGUAAGAAGAUUAAGGUGAAAACCUGUCAUGCUCAUUCAGUUUAGCAGGAAUUAGACAGGAGGCCAGAAAAAGUAGAUGGCAUAUAUCUAGUCACCAGUAGAGGGAGUUUUCUGGUAUUAAAAAUUGAAAUUAAAAUGGUUUAAAAUUGCAUUUACCCUAUUUUGAUUGGGCAAUCUAUGCUUUGACAGUCAAGCUUUUAAGAUUUGUAUUUGUUUGAUAUCCUGAAUUCUCAAUUUUGGAAAGCACCUACUGGUUUAAAAUUAAAAAUAAUAUAACUCAUUAGACACUUUAAAAAAGCCUUAGUAUCUUGAAUUUUUUUCCCUACUAAGAGCUAUUUAAUUUUCAGAUAAGUCUGACACUGACCUCCAGUGUUCAUAUAAUGCUGUAAGUUAUCCCCCUUUCCUCUGAGGCAUAGAUUAUAGGAGCUAAAAUGAUAAAUCUAUUAAGAUUCUAAGAUUUUAAAAUCAUGAUUUUAUUUUAAUUGAAUUCAUUCAUCUUAAAAAUUGAGAUGAGAGAAGUUUCCUUUUAUUCUUUUUUUCUGCCCAGUUUUUAUUUUAUUUUAAACCAUUCUUAUUUUUCAAUUACAGUUGACAUGCAAUAUUAUACUAGUUUCAUGUGUACACUCCAGUGAUUAGACAUUAUAUAACUUACUAAGUGAUCAUCCUGAUAAAUCUUGUACCCAUCUGACACCAUACAUAGUAAUUAGAAUAUUAUUGACUGUAUUCCCUAUGUUGUACAUAACUAUUCUGUAAUUACCAAUCUGUAUUCUUAAUCCCUUCACCUUUUUCACCCAUUCCUUAACCCCCUUCCCAUUUGGUGACCAUCAAUUUGUUUUCUGUUAUCUGUGGGUCUGUUUCUGUUCUGCUUGUUUGUUUAUUUUGUUUUUUUAGAUUUGAUUAUUGAUAAGUAUUUAUUGCCAUUUUAUUGUUCACAUUUCUGGUCUUUUUCUCUUUCUCCUUCUUCAAACCCUUUAAAAUUUCAUGUAAUACUGGUUUGGUGGUGGUGAACUUCUUUAGCUUUUUCUUGGGAAGCUCUUUAUAUGUCCUUCAAUUCUAAUUGACAGCUUUGCUAGGUAGAGUGUUCUUGGUUGUAGGUCCUUGCUUUUUAUCAAUUUGAAUAUUUCUUACCACUCCCUUUUGGCCUGAAAUGUUUCUGUUGAUAAAUCAGUUGACAGUCUUAUGGGAGCUCCCUUGUAGAUAACAACUGUUUUUCUCUUGCUGCUUUUAAGUUCUCUCUUUGUCUUUAUCCUUUGACAUUUUAAUUAUGAUGUUGUCUUGGUGUGGGUCUCUUUGGAUUCAUCUUUCUUGGAACUCUCUGUGCUUCCUGGACUUGUAAGUCUAUUUCCUUCACCAGGUUAGAAAAGUUUUCUGUCAUUAAUAGGUUUUCAAUUUCUUUCUCUCUCUCUUUCCCUUCUAGCACCCCCAUGAUGUGAGUGUUGGUACGCUUGAAGUUGUCCUAAAGGCUCUUUACACUAUCCACAUAUUUUUGGAAUCUUUUUUCUUUUUGUUAUUAUGAUUGGAUGGUUUUUUUGCUUCCUUAUAUUCCAAAUUGUUGAUUUGAUUCUCAGAAUCCUCUACUUUACUGUUGAAUCCCUAUAAAUUAUUCUUUAUUUCAGUUAGUGUAUCCUUGAUUUCUGACUGGUUCUUUAUUAUGGUUUCUAUGUCCUUUUGUAUGCUAUUGAAUUUCUCACUAAGUUUAUCUACUUUCCCCUAAGUUCAUUGAGCAUCCUUAAAACCAGUGUUUUGAACUCUGCAUCUAGUAGAUUGCUAGUCCCCAUUUUGUUUAGUUCUUUUUCUGGAGUUUGUUCUGUAAUUUAAUUUGGGACAUGUUUUUUUUUGUUUUUGAUUAAAGAAAUAAUCCCAUUAAGAUCUUGCGAACUAUUGCCAUCCAGUAACAUUUUUUUCCUGAUAUCCUAGGGGCAAUCAUUAAAACAUUAUUGUUUUGAAUGCUAGAACUUGUUUGUAUACUUUAGUGGAUUAGUUGCAGCAUUUUCUAGGUUUUGUGUUACUUGUCUUGGCAUGCAUUUCAUUUUUUAAAAAAUUCUUCAUGGGUAAUGAUAUGGUGAUUGUGAUUUUAAAAAAUUGUUAGUUAAUCAGUGUUUGGAAACUCAGGCUUCCCGGAAACUUACCUUUUCCAAGUUAAGUGAAUCAGGUAUGCUUUGUUAUUUCCUUUGUUUCUCGUUUUGCUCCAUCAGUGGGUGGUGAAUACUCUGUAUAUUUUCAACCCCUUGAAGCACCCUGAGGAAACCCCGCAGGUGUUCUAUCUAGCCUUGGCAGUACAUUGUGUGUACACCAUCUUUAUUGCCAGAGUGUUGCCUUACUCAGAAUGAGAGCAUGUGUGUUUUGCUAUGUUAUCAAAUCAGAAAGGUUUGGUUCCUCUAAUUCAUCCAAAAGCAUGCGUAUUUUGGGUUUUGCAACACUACCUUGUUAGGACUCAGUUCGGCAGUUCUGUCUUGCAGACAACUGUUCAGAUAGUUGUUGCGUUCAGCAGACUUGCUUUGGGUGCUUACUGUGUACAAGAGCCUGGUUAGGGCUCUGUGCUUACAUUGCUGAGCCAGGCAGCAUAGAUUGGAUUGGGCACUUUCCAUAACUACACAGUGUAGUUUUUGGCUCCAACUAAUGAAGCUAAUUCACAUCAUAAAUGCAGAGGCACAGUCGUCUGGGUGUGUUUUGGAAAGAUAAUAAGUAAAGUAUUUUCUCUUUUUCUCUCUUUAAAUCUGUUUUAAAGUUAGAACUGAUAUCCAUUUAUUAGAACAAUAUAAUUUAUAGAUCUGGCUAUAUUUAUUAAUCAUUUUUGUCAUUUCCUAAGCUACAUGUUUAUUGUAAACAUGCACACAUGUAACUAUGGUAGACACAUAAACAUGUUAUGUGUUGUUUGUAAACAUUUGCUCUCAUAAUUUUUUCAUUUUUUGAAGAAAUUAAUAUUGAUGAAAUACACCAAACAAGUAGCUCUUUAAUGUAGACUGAAAUCUUCUAGUAAUGCAAGUAAACAAUAGAUAAUGACAUCACAGACUUCAUCUUCUGGUCAUUGGCAUUAUAGGCAUUGCAGAGUAACCAGACCCACCUGGGAGUGGAAUCCAUCUCUAGAAAUACCAGGACCGGUUGGUAGAGGACACACAUGUGGUCUAGCUGCAUAAUUAAGGGCUUUUUCUGAGCUCCCGAGAUUUCAGUUUUAUGCUGCAAUAUUUGACUGUAAAAAAUAUAGGCUGGCACUGGCCGGGUGGCUCAGUUGGUUGGAGCCUUGUUCUGUACACCAAAAAUGUUGCAGAUUGGAUUCCUGGUCAAGGCACAUAUGUGGUUGCAGGUUUGAUCCCUGGUCAAGGCUCAUUUUGGGGACAACCGAUUGAUUUUUCUUUCUCACAUGGAUGUUUCUCUCUUUCCCUUUCCCUCUAUCUUCCCCACCUCCUCUAUCUCUAAAAUCAAUUUAAAAAAAACAACAACCAUAUUUUUGGGUGAGGAUUAAAAAAAAGAGUAGGCUAAAAUCACUAAUUACUCAAAAAGUGAACAGGCAAGUGUCUGGUGAAUCUACUAUGAACAGACAUUCAGAUACCUCAGGAAAAAUGUGUGUACAGACCAAAUGCACAAUGUAAUUGUCACUCUUCCACUUUGCUACAUCUAGCCUGACUGUUGAAUAUGAGAUUAUUGAUAGUCUUUAAGUUUGGAGCAGCUAGAGCUUGUUUGAUUUUCUUCCUAGGAAGUUUCUGUGUACACUAUUGAGUUCAUGGUGAGUCAAAACAGGAACCAGUUGACAUGGUUAUGUUUCACUCCCCCUCAACCCUAACUUGAGAUGCAGUAAAGGACUUAGGCAGGUAUUUCUUAUUGUGCGGGCACUGGCUCCUUCAGUAUUGUCUUGAUUAUUGAUUCUUUUUUGUGUAAUAGUAGAUUUCCACUCUCUCUUUGAUCUUAUUGAUGAUAAAUACCUUAGGAUAUAUCCCGUACGACAGGCAUAAAGCAUUAAGGAUAUUUGCUGGCCUUUUCCAAGAAAUGGCUACAAUAACUUGUAUGAGGAGACAAUAGUAAUUAUUUUAAUAUUUUUGUAUCUUUUGUUCCUUAACUUUUUGAUUGUGUAAUAUUUUUUGCAUACCACUUAAUUUGUGAUGUACAUAAUAUUUAUGUAAAUCUCAGAAUCUGUCACAAUAGCAAAGAAGUAGGAAUUACAGUUGGAGGGGGUGUUAGGAGAUAAAAGUCAACUCCACAUGUUUUAUUCUCAUCUCCACUAAUUAUUUUUUCAGAAAAAGCUAAAAACUCUGUCAUAAUGACUAUAUUUACUUAUUUAUACUUUUAAUUAGAUUUUUCAUACUUAUUUAAUUGUUGGGACAUUUGCUUUUAAUAUUAUUUCUUAAUGUGGAAACUGUACAAAUAUUUAAAAAAUAAAAUUCCUAAGAUAAUAGAUGUUUUUAAACAUUCACAAAUUAACAAUAAUUCUUUGAAUUUUUAUUAGGUUUUUAGGUUUUGGACAAUUCUUUAAACAUUUCUAAAUUUCCAGGUGACUCACUAAUAAAACAAAAAAUAUUAAGGUAAUGUCAUAAAAUUUAUUAAUUUUAUUUUACCUUUCUCAUUAAUUGACCUUAUUUUAUAUAUGUAUAUAAAUAACCUGGAUACUGUUCUGUCACCAGCAGUGUAUAGGUUUUUGUUCAUUUGGAAAUUUGGCACAGCAUAUAGGAAAUUAAUAGAGGUUUUCCUCCAAUAAAAGGGUUCUCAUUUGAUUUUAUGUUCAAAACUAUAAAAUGCACUUUUGUUUUACAACGUCUGUUGGAAAACCUGAGUCUUUGCACAUGUUAUUUCCAGAGUUUACCUCAGUUAAACAGGCUUACUUGGUUUUAGGUGGGAAGGAAGGGAAAUUAUUUAAAUUCAGUUCAUUCCUCUUGCCCUCUCCCAUUAACUCUUCUUCUUCUUCUUCUUUUUAUUUAUUUAUUUAUUUUUAACCUGAAGCUGUUAUUUAAAAUACUUGUCUUUCUUUCUUUGGCAAAGCCACAUAUUCCAAAUUAAACUUCUGUGAAAUGUCUGAAUUAUUCUUCCCAUCUUUGUUAUGGCCAGCUUCAUCACACAUCCUCUAGUUUCUCAUAACUUCAUAAGUACAAGCUAACGUGCAACAUUAAAAGUCUGGGAACCUAACUCUAAGAACCCAAGUACUUCAUGAACACACAUGGGGAAGGACACACAUGUUCAGCAACAGAGUUGCCUUCAGUGCUCAUGGUAUGGGCAGUGUCCAGCGAGAUCACUUCACUAUGUGUUAUGAUGAUUUGUAAUUGUUUUUCUGAGAUUUUUGUUUCAGUGUUUGUCUCUCAGUAUUUUGAACUUAAUUUAAAGAAAAGGAUGUUUCUGAAUUGUAUUUAUUAUAUGUGAUUUUCCUUACAUGUUGUGCUGCUAUUUUGCUAGUUUUGUGAGCUUAGUUGUGUUUGUUCACAGGUUGUAAUUUGUUAAUAAAUUUAUAGAGUGUU